UCCUGGGCUCCUCCAAUGGCGUCUUAUGCCUCACCGCUGCCUUUGCCGACAUUCUUCGCCGUCUCUACUCCCGUCCUCAUCUCCUCUAACAUCUCUCUCAAACUCUAUCCUUCUCCGCUCAAACGCCUUUUCGUCCGCCGCCGCCGAAGGCUCAAAACUCCCGCCGCCUGCUCCGCUGAGGCGGCCUCGAAGUUAGAGCAAUGGGACUCCAUGACCGCCCGCUUUGCCGGCGCUUCCAACAUCCCUUUUCUCCUUAUUCAGAUCCCACAGAUACUCCUCAAUCAGCGAAACCUCGUCUCUAACAACUCCGCUGCUCUAUUCGCUGUUCCCUGGCUCGGGAUGCUUACUGGUCUACUUGGAAAUCUCACACUGCUAUCCUACUUUGCUAAGAAGAAGGAGAAGGAGGCUAUCUUGGUUCAAAUAUUGGGAGUUAUAUCCAUCUACAUUGUGAUUGUGCAGCUCGCUGUUGUCGGAGCAAUGCCCUUGCCACAGUUUAUGGCCACGUCGGCAGCUGUGGUUACUGGGCUUGUGCUGAACUUUAUGAACUAUUAUGGAUGGCUUAUACAAUGGGUGUGGCAAAGAUGGGAGGAUUUUGUCACCAUUGUGGGAAUUUCUGUCCUCCCACAGGUUAUGUGGUCGACAUUUGUCCCAUUUAUUCCAAAUAGUAUUUUUCCUGGGGUUGUUUCAUGUUGCUUGGCUGUUCUGUUCAUCAUAUUGACACGGACUGGUAAACUUUCUAAGAAGGCAGAGAGAUUUGUUGGGUCAAUAUCUGGAUGGACUGCCACUCUACUCUUUAUGUGGAUGCCUGUAGCUCAGAUGUGGACAAACUAUUUAAAUCCUGAUAACAUCAAAGGAUUAGCAGCUUUGACACUUCUGCUUGGCAUGAUUGGGAAUGGUCUAAUGAUACCUCGAGCUUUGUUCAUUCGUGAUCUCAUGUGGUUUACUGGAGCAUCUUGGGCAUCAUUGCUUCAGGGGUGGGGGAAUUUGGCAUGGAUGUACUGUUUGAAGAGCAUUAGUAAGGAAUUUUUCUGGGCUGCAACAGUUGUCUUGCUCAUCUGGCUAGGAAUGGCUGCUCGGCAAGAUAGAAUAGCUUAUGGAUACAGUUCACCAUUUCAAUCCAUGAAGGUGCUGUUUUUUGGAACAAGAUAAGAAUGAAAAUUUUAUUGCCCAUUGCUGAGUUUCUUCUCCACUUAAAAGAGCAACUUGGCAUUUGUAAAGUGAAUUUUUUUUUUCAAUGACGUUAUUAUUAAUUUA